UCAGUGCUGCCUUAGUAUAAGUCUUACUAAGUGUUUGGGAUACAUCUCUGCAUUCAUGUGACUUUCAUUAUGAUCUGUGGGACUUUGGGUUUUGGAUACUAUUGCAGAUUUCCUACCAAGAGGAUCAUUAUGGCUUUCUUAUAACCGUGCUAAGGAAUAAUGGAUCGCACCUUUUCUUCUGCAAAUGGAACUCAAACACAUUUUACAUUUUUUUCAGACUUUAAUAACAAAGUGGCGCUGACUAUUCUGGAGACUGUAGUAAUGUCCUCGAUCUUCAUCAUUUCUAUAGUCGCAAAUAUAAGUGCCAUUAUCUUGAUGGCUAAAAAGAAAAAGCUGGUAACUGCCAACUGUUUUGUGCUGAACCUUUUCUGUGCGGAUCUUCUUUUUAUUAGCAUGAUCCCCGUCAUUUUGGUUAUUCGCUGGACCAAGGUUUGGGUGUUGGGAGAAUUCAUCUGCCAUAUGCAUUUUUAUAUUAUUUGUCUGAGUGGUUGUGUCACUCUAAUUUCCCUUUCUGCUGUAAGUCUGGAGCGGAUGAUCUCCAUUAUGAAAGUCACCCAGGCUACCUCCUGCAAUGUAAAAGUGGUGGUGUGUGGACUUCUAGGAAUUUGGGUAUUCUCUGCCUUCACUGCUUUACCUAUGUGCUUAUUUUUCAAUGUAGUGGAGCAAACAGUAAAUGGCACGGUUAUUCGCAUUUGUACUUUGGUCUGGCCGAAUGUUAGCGAAGAAAUUGCAUGGGAUAUUUCAUUUAUCAUUUUGAAUUUUUUGAUACCAGGAUUAAUCAUUGUGGUCAGUUAUACCAAGAUAUAUAAGAUUACAAAGUCAGUGAGUGACCGCUUGAUAAGCUGCGAGAACAACCAAUUCAAGGUUUCCCACAGAGACUACAAACUCUUCCGCACUUUGUUAAUUCUGAUGAUUUCUUUCUUUAUUAUGUGGACUCCCGUGGUCAUUGUUGUUCUACUGCUUCUCCUUCAGAACCUUCACAGACAAAUUACGAUCCCGCCAACCGUGUUUUUUUGGAUAACAACCCUAACAUUUAGCAACUCGGUUCUUAACCCCAUUCUGUAUAACAUUAAUCUGUUCCGACAGAAAUGGGUCCACAUUAUUUUAUGUCACUCAGUUGAAGAAAGUGCAGAUACUGAAACCACCACAAAACGGAAAGAGAAUCCUAAUAUUUCACACGGGACAUUUUAGACCUUGGUUGUGAUCAGUCACUCACUGGUGGUAAGAAAACUCCAAGAAUGCCCUACAUAAUGUCAUCUUUUACCUUGAAAUGGCCAGAAAGCCAAUAUGUCAUUGAAGACACCUGACGACUAAAAGUGUGUGAUAACUACCAAUCCAAUCUGUGAUGCAGCUCAGCAUUAUGGUUAAAACAGCAUUGUGGCCCAAUUUAUUUAUAUGAUUUAAGUCCUGCAUUCAGCAGUAGUUGAAGGAAACACAAUUGAGUUACACAGGUAUAAUUUAUUAUUGCGACCAUCUUGCUCUAUUAUCUCCUUCUUGUCCUUCAACUUCUUUCCCUCAACUCAUCCUACCUACAACUUCCAUGAAACUAAAAUCACAACACACUUCGAUAGGAUUUAAAAGAAAUGUAUUUCAUUGUAAUAGACAAAUCAACUGGGGAAAGAAGGUGUACAUUGCUUGGAUACAGAUGCUUCUCUGAAGAUGAUCUAUUAAAUACUUAAAGAAUGGAGGAUUGGGUAACAUAUGUACAUUGUUACUAUUAUAAUUGUUCUUUAUUCCUUAAAAACAAAGGUUAUUAAACUUAUAGGUAUAAGAUGAGUUUUCAGAUGUUGUUUCUUUUACUUGUAAACAUUACAUCAACAGGAUUCAUGUAAAAUCUCUUGAAUCCUCAGUUUUCUUUAGUUUGUUUCACAGUAACCUGUAAAUAAAUAAGAUGAAGAAU